UAACUUUGAACGAAAAAAAUCAUUGUCUUUGGAUCAAAUAUUAAAUCUAGAGCGAGACUUGAAACAAAUCCUUCCCUUUUACCUUAUGCAAAAUCACAUUCCCAAAAGUGAAAUGAGGAUGGAUUCUAAUAUAAAUAUGAACCAGCUUCAUGAACGAAGUACAGAACAAAUGAUUCCGAUGAAUGAUAAUCAAAACAAUUUUGAAAAUGGAAAUGGAUUUUAUCAAAAUGACGUCGUAGACUAUACUUACAGUGUCACUCAACCACGACAACAAAUUGAUUUCAACAAUAUCUCGCCUAAAAGUGAAAUGAGACCAAGCUUCAAUAGAAAUUCAAAUUCAUUGUAUAGAAAUAUUGGAAAUAACAUAAUGGCGACACCGAUGAACGACAAUCAAAAUAAUGCUAAUGAAGUUGGAGGUUACAUUCAUAAUGCUAUUCAUCCACAGCAACAAGUUGAUUUCAAUAAUGUGUCACCAGCUGAGAGAGAAAUGAGACCAGUAUAUAAUAAUAGAAAUACAAACACAUCUCAUGAGAAUAUUAAGGAUAAUUUGAUGACAACACAAGCGACUUCAAUGAUUGAUAAUCAAAAAAGUUGCUUGCCUUACCAAAAUGAAGUUGAAGAUACUCGAGCUGAUCUCAAUAAUUUUCCACAACGUCAAAUCCCUGAAAGAGAGACGAUACCAGAUUAUAAUAGAAAUACAAAUUCACUUCAGAAUGAUGUAUUAGCAUACGAUGUUUCAACUACUGAUAAUCAUCGAGAUACUCGCAACGCUUAUCCACAGCAAUACACUUCUGAUGAGAGUAUAACGACACAAGAUAUUCCGAUAACAGCCGUUGAUCGAAAUUAUGAUGAUAUAAAUGAUAUGCCAUGUAAUGACCACGAUAUAAAUAUUAACUCAUCCGUAACAACAGAUUGAUUUCCGAUAAAUACCGAAAUUUUAUUUAGAAAUUGGUUUUCUCAACUCGUUUUAUACUUUAAAAUUGGCAAAAUCUUCACGACGAACAUUUUAAAAAAAAUUCGAUUUAUACGUUAAAUUGGCAAACUACUCAUAAAUAUCUUAAAAAUUCGCAAAUUCCUCGAAAUGAAUGAAUGUUACAAUCGGUUUUUAUAGCUUUAUAAGCAAAUAAUUAAUUAUGACGAUUCCUAAAAGGAUUAAGCAAAAAGAAAUUUCAAAUUUAUAUUAAGAAAUUAAAUAAGAAAUUAAAUAAAUGUAUAAUUA